AUGAUUUUUUACCUCUGGAAGGAAUUCUGCAGAUUCUAUCAGAGCCUCUCAAGAUUUGCUGAUAUACUUUUGCAUGCGAAGACCAAGAUUUACAAUGUUUGGACUUUGAGUGAUUGGUUUAUAGGCCAUGCUAUCUUGAAGCAUGGCAAUCUCAAGCAGCUCAGAUUCGAGAGGCAAGCGACGACGGCCCAGCCCAUGGAGAAACUUCUUCCCGAGGACCUUGGAUCGGGUUCUGGCUCAUGCUUGCAGUUGAGCACCUCAGGUCCAUCUAUCUCGAGCGUCUUGUUGUCAAAGGUUGAAACACCGCGAGCAGAGAUCGAUUUGAUCCCAAGAACUGCAGCCGUUGAGAAAGUUCUGAAGUUUGUUUAUGACCACGAUGAGGACUGCUGGAGAAGUUUCGAGCAGCACGUUCUCUUUGCGAGCAGACCUUUGACAAGGGAUAAGAGAUAUGAGUCAUACAUGACAUGGGAAGUGAACCAUGAUUUCACGCUGGAUGAUUCAAUUUUCAUCUCCAAGUGGCCCAUCCCCAGGGCGUCUAAAUCAGGUGCUGGCAUCAGACUACGCGAACAUGUUACACCUGCAAGGGGUGGAACCUAA